AGUGCAGGAGUCUUUUUAAGCUAGUAUUUGUUUGUUUUUAUUUAAAAAUUUAUAAUUUGAGCUAAAUUUCUUUUUGUACUUCCCUUUUCUACUCUGAAAUGUUUUUAUUUUGUAUUCAGCUGAAAAGUCCCCAGCAGGUACCUUAAUGUGUGGCGAAUUUUUCUCAUUGAAUGCGGAUUUUUGCAUUUUUGUCCUUUAAUUUAUUUCUUUUUUCUGAUGUGUUUGGACGAAAUUCUGAAUUUUAACCUUUAAGAGAUUUUAAGAACUUCAUUAUUUGCAGAAAAUUGUUGAAGUUUCAAUUUUUUUUUUUUUUUGAAAGACUAUAAGAAAAUCAUUGGCGGAAACUUCCCUGAAUCGACUAUUUAGCAAAUGUUUUAUUUCAGCAAUUUCGGAGUAGAGAGAGACAAUCUGUGAGAUGGAUCGACAACGUAAUGGAUGCCUAAAGCUCCUGGUAUUUUUAGUAAUUUCACUCAAAGCAGAUGGAUUCUUUGUGGACAUUACUUACGUCACAACUGCAGUAGCAAAAGGAGCAGUUUGCUUGGAUGGGAGCCCUCCUGCUUAUCAUCUUGACAAGGGCUCUGGCUCUGGAAUUAACAAUUGGCUUGUUCAUGUCGAGGGAGGGGGAUGGUGUAGCAAUGUUACAACUUGCUUCUCACGCAAAAACACACGUUUGGGUUCGUCUAACCAAAUGGUGAAGCAACUUGCAUUUUCAGGGCUCUUAGGCAACAAAGCAUCAAUGAAUCCAGACUUUUAUAAUUGGAAUAGGGUCAAGGUCCGAUAUUGUGAUGGAGCAUCAUUUACUGGCGAUGUGGAGGAAGUGGACCCAGCCACUAAGCUUCAUUUCAGGGGAGGAAGGAUAUGGCUUGCUGUUAUUGAAGACCUAUUAGCAAAAGGAAUGCGUAAUGCUGAAAAUGCUAUUCUUUCUGGCUGCUCUGCUGGUGGAUUGACUUCCAUACUCCACUGUGACAGUUUUCGUGCUCUUCUCCCUAUAGGUGCGAAAGUAAAAUGCGUUGCUGAUGCUGGUUACUUUAUCAAUGCAAAGGAUGUUUCACAAGCAGAUCACAUACAAUCUUUCUUUGAUGAUGUGGUAACAUUACAUGAUUCAGCUAAGAAUCUGCCACAAUCAUGCACUUCAAGGUUGAAACCAAGUCUGUGCUUCUUCCCACAAUACAUGGCACAAGGUAUCCGUACACCCUUCUUUCUGUUGAACGCAGCUUAUGACUCAUGGCAGGUAAAAAACACCCUUGCCCCAGGAGUGGCUGAUCCUCAUGGCACAUGGCACAAUUGCAAGCUUGAUAUAAAAAAAUGCACUGCUAGUCAACUACAAACCCUUCAAGAUUUUAGGUUGGAAUUCCUUAGUGCCUUGAAAGGAGUGGGGAGUUCUCCAUCUAUAGGCAUGUUUAUAAAUUCUUGUUAUGCACAUUGCCAAUCUGAGGUGCAAGAAACAUGGCUAAGGGACGACUCGCCAGUACUGGGUGGUACGUCCAUUGCCAAAGCAGUUGGGGACUGGUUCUAUGAUCGUAGUCCUUUUCAAAAGAUCGAUUGUGCUUAUCCCUGUGACUCAAGCUGCCACAAUCGUAUCUUCGACCCCAAUGAAUUGCCAGUUGUGUAGUGAAAUUCCUUGCAAAGCCAUAUAUUAUUGAUGCAAAUAAUAUCAAAAUGAAUUAAAUAAAUCUAUUCAAUAUUAAAUAUUUAUGAUUUCAAAUCUUUAAAAUUUAUAAUCAUUGUAAUUCGCAGGUCCAAGGUUCUUGGUCCAUGAAGAAGUGUUCAUGGGCCUUCAGUGCUGCUGUAUUGAUAUAUUGUGUUGUAUUUGACAUUUAUUAAUGCAAUAAAAGUGAGCAUUGUAUUUUCUUUAUUA